AUGCGCGACACUCCUAAUCGCAAGGCAGCAAACGGGACGCAUCCAGUACCCAGGACCCCCAGGUCGAGCAAGUCCAACGGCACAAAGGCGGACGGCAGCACGUCCAAGGCCAACAGCGUCCCAGCCGCAUUGGCCAUCACCAGCGAGAAGAGCAAGACAAACACGCUGCCUGCUACACCCCGUGCAAAAAGGAAGGUCACCUUUGUGGACAAGGCUUCACCACCGCUCCCAUCCAAUACCCCAGCCAAACGCCGCAAGCGGAGCGACGCAGUCUUGGACGGCAGCACCCCCCUCCCCGGCCUCCUUCCCGUCAAGCCUCGUGCUGCAGCUCGGACCAAAACGCAGACUCGACCUCAAGGCUCUCCAGGUGCGCCCCUCCGACCUCCAGCAGUCAUCAUCCCGCGCGAAGUGAAGCGUUCUCCCGACCUCUCAUACUUCCUGCCAUCCCCCUGGUGGUUCGACCAGCCUUCAAUGCAGCUUCCACUCCUCCGCCUGGCACCUGCCCAACACGAAGAAGACGACGAAGACGACGCCGACGACGCCGACGGCAUUCCAGCGAGCCCGAGCUCAAGUUCGACUCCAUACCCCUCUCGAGAGUCGACACCAUUAACACCUUCGUCUCCUGGAUCCGAGGUUCCAAGACCAAUCACUGAGAAUAACACCUACGCGUGGACACCGGGACCCAACAUGCCCAACAAGGUUCGCAACCGCCACAGCGUGGUACAUCCGGCAUGA